CAAAAUAAAUAUAAAAUUAUGCAAUAGUAAUUUGAAGGAUAUCUAUUUCUUCACAAUAUAGCAAAACCAAAAAACAUAGGCACUAUUAUUAGGUAAAAUUUUCAAAUAUUUUCAAUAGAAAUGCUGCUGCAUUCAAUUUAACUAAAGUUUUUAUGAUUGGAAAACAAGGAUAAAACAAAAAGAAGUUUUAGAUUGCUGAAGGAUUUUCAUUUUUUGGUAAUCAUGGUACCUUCGAUCAAAUGAAUUUUCAUCUUUUUAAUAAUUUAAAGGAAGCUAAAGAGUAUUUUGUUCAAAAUAAUAUUUAUGUUUGUGGUGUUGAAAUUGGUGAAGGUUCUUAAAAUAUUAUUAAGAAUCCAUUUAAGGGUCAUACAGUCUUCUUUCUUGGAAAUGAAGUUAAUAUAUCUAAAUAAUAAUAAUGUAGGGUACAGGAUUGAUUCCUGAGCAUAAAGCUAUUUGUGAUUAAUUUGUAUACAUUCCUUAAUACACUUAAAAGACUGCUAGUCUAAAUGUUGGAGUAGCUUCUGGAAUAAUAUUUCACCAUUUUGCAUGUUAAUAUUUAAUAAAUUGAAUAAUAGAGUGGGCAGGAUUUUAGGAAUAGAAAGUGGAAGGUGAGAAAUUUUUGGAUCCAGAAAAACAAAAGUAAGAAAAAGAGAGAAAGAAGUAAGAGAUGAUUGAAUAAGGGAAAAAAUUAAAGAAAUAAAAAUUAGAAUAAUAAGGGGUAUAUUAAUAGUAAUAGAAUAAUAAUGAAUAAGAUAAGGUUGAGAAUGAAAAUAAUAAUGAAUAAGAUAAGGUUGAGAAUGAAAAUAAUAAUAUAUAAUGAUUUGUAAAC